GUUUGCCAACUGGGCUCAAGAUCUUUGGCUAACCGAGGACAUGGCAUCAAAUGACUGCGGUCAACAAUAUCCAUACGCUGUCUAUCACAGUCGGCCUGAAGUGAAUGUCGCUAUUGGCUAUGGCUCCGAUGCUGAGGCCCAGGCGAAGGGUCUGAGCUUUGACAAUGAGACCAUACGCCGUGGAUUCAUACGCAAGGUGUACUUGAUACUCCUGGGCCAGCUGGUGAUCACAUUCGGGGCCGUGGCUGUGUUUGUGUACAGCGAAGACGCCAAGAACUUUGCGGCCCAGCAUCUGUGGCUCUUCUGGGUGGCUAUCGGAAUCAUGCUGCUGACCAUGCUGUCCAUGAUCUGCUGCGAGAGGGUGCGCCGCGAGACGCCCACCAAUUUCAUAUUUCUGGGCAUGUUCACUGUCGCUGAAUCGUUUCUGCUUGGAGUCGCGGCCAGUCGCUUCGCUCCCAAGGAGGUGCUAAUUGCAAUUGGCAUAACAGCCGCCAUUUGCUUGGCCCUGACGCUGUUCGCCUUUCAGACCAAAUACGAUUUCACAAUGAUGGGCGGCAUUCUGAUUGCUUGCUUGGUGGCCCUCCUAUUCUUUGGCUUCUUGACCAUCUUCAUGCAUGGCAAAAUCAUAUCACUGUUGUAUUCAUCGGCCGGCGCCGUGCUUUUCUCCAUCUAUCUGGUCUACGAUACUCAGCUAAUGAUGGGCGGCACUCACAAGUAUGCGAUUAGCCCCGAGGAAUACAUUUUCGCUACGCUCAAUCUCUACUUGGAUAUCAUCAACAUAUUCCUUGAUAUACUCAACAUUCUGGGCAUAACUCAAGAUUAAAUUCGAAACUAAAAGCACAUCAACGGCCACGCAUACAGGGAGAGUGAGAGGGAGGGAGAGAGAGAGACAGAGAGUGAGGAAUUAUGCAAAUGUUAUAUAUUUUUACUUUUACAAAGGCAUUUAACUACAGCAUUUAAAUGAGCAAUUGGGCAAAUUACAUAGAAAGCACACAGACAACCGCACAUAAAUUACACACACUCAUACACGCACAAACAUGCAAUCAAACAUGUCAAUUAAGUUAUUAGUAACGAGCAAUAAAAAUGUCAGAGCAAUUCCAGUAUUAACAUAGGGCAACCACACACAGAACU